GGCUACAACCGUACAAGUCCUGUAUGCUCGUCCCAAGCCCUACAACCGUACAAAUUUUCAAUAAGCGUAUAAUAUUUUGUAAAUCAGGCAGCCACUCGCGAGUCCUGGCGAUUAUAUCACCAUUCUUCACGAGGCCAAGCAGAUCUUCUAUCUGAUGAAAAAGCUUUAGAUUCUUCAUGACGUUUGCUGUUCUAAUGCGCCGGAUCCGAAUCCUCCACUCGUUCUCCGUCAUCUUCCUCUACUGGUUUCACGAGCUUUCAUGAAUUCAUCUUCAAUUUCACUUUCUUAUUCCAAUUUCUAAUAAGUUUCUGUUAUCCGUCAAUUGCAAAAAUUCUAAACUUAACUCCGUCAAUUUUCACGGAAUAUUCCAAUUCCAUUAAUGACGUCAUUAAAGCAAAAUCAGCAUCUGAAUUAUGACGAAAAGAAGAUGAAGAAGUUGAUGUCGAACAGAGAAUCUGCUCGUAGAUCCAGAAAGAAGAAGCAACAACAACUGGAUGAACUGCGUGUUCAAAUUAACCAGUUGAAGGAUGAAAACAAGGUUAUGAUGCGUAAAAUUGACGGUGUAACCGGAGCGUUUGUUGCGGUUAAUUCAGAGAAUAAUGUUAUGAGAGCUCAGCUUACAGAUUUGGCGGAUAGGCUGCGGUUGUUGAACAAUGUGUUGUAUGUUGCGCAAGAGGUUAGCGGUCUGGUUAUGGAUAUUCCUGAAGUUCCUGAUACCUUAAUGGAACCGUGGCAGCUGCCUUGCCCGGUUCAGCCCGUUACUGCAUUGGAUAUCGAUAUGUUUUAGUGUUGAUCUCGGGUUUUGUUACGUUAUGGCUGUCUACGAGGUGUUCUGUUGUUUGAAGUUUGAACAUGUGAUUGAAAGUUCUUGGUUUUUAGUUUUAUGUAUAUAUAUAUGACUGUCAGUAUGGUACUAUGGUUAUUGUGAUAUAGUUGUUUUGGUUAUAAAUAAAUUGUGAUCUUUUGGUUA